AAGUCCGAGCGCCGCAGUCAGACGAUGGUCAAAGUCAGUCCACACGGAGAGCUCGAGUCGAGUAGAGGCUAGUUCAGGUCAGUUGGCCGGAGAUCCAUCGAUCCGUCGAUCAACGGCUCACCUGUCAAACGUGUCACGCACGUAUCAUAGUUUCCUCGAGGGAUACGAUCCGUGAUUUAAUCGUAGAAAGGAAACGAAAAAAAAAAAAAGAAAAGAAAAAAAGUCGUCGUGACCCGAAGAGAUCGCUAGAUCGGGUCGUUUUUUUUCUUUUUUCGUCGGUUCGAGAGUCGUGAUCGUGUGACGGGUCAGUGAGAGGGAGAGAGAAAGAGAGAGAGAGCAGGGGAGGGAGAUCCCUCUGUUGAUGUUUCCGGAAGAUGAGAAUAUAGCAGAAGAAGAAGAAGAAGAAGGAUUCGAGUGUUUCGGUGAAAGGAAUAUAGAUUCGAAGAAGUGUUCAAUCCCGGUAUAUAAGAAUGACAGUACUAAGGAUGACCUCCCCGGUGACGCCUCCAUCGAGCAGUCCAGGUUCCAACGAGGCCCAGGCGCCACAAGCGACUUCGAAGCCGGUGCAUCGAUUGAGCUUCUCCGUCGCUGCCUUGCUGGCAGACACUAAAAAGUCGGACACCUCCAGACAGGAAACGUCCUCCGUGUCUCCGAGAUCAUCUCCCCUCGCGUCUUACUCCCCUGUCAGACACGAUCAACCGUCGAUCACGACGUCCAACUCCACUCCGCUGCAGAAACCGUAUCCAGGUGAAUACAGAUCGAGAUACCUGUCCGUGUCUCCCACUGCCCAAGACCACAGAUCGAGCCAGUACACCUGUGACACCCCCAGAACCGCCCUAGACGCGAGGACGUUGACCAGACUUGCCGAGAUCGAGGUUGACAGGGUGUGUCAAUCCCCCCGCUCGAGAAGCCUGGACUACGCGGUGCAAACGUCGACGGAGAGUGGGUCCACGUCAGAAGUGAUAGCCUGUUCCUCGUCCCCCAAAGUAUCCGCGCACAACAACCAUUUCGGUUCCCAGUCGCCGAGAAGCAGCUCGCACGAGGGCAGGUCCAGGUGUUCGGAGCCCGAGGACAUCGAGGAGGAGGACGAGAACAGUUUGGUCGACGUGGAGGAGUUGCAGCACCACCACCAUCAUCAUAGUCGUCGUCACGAUGAGCAGGGGAGCAGCCCGACGCCGGUGAGACCAACGCCGGCGUACAUCGGGGGAUUUUCCGGGUUGGGAGGGAUCUCUGGCAUUCCAACGGGGCUCCAUCCCGCCGUUUGGGGUGGAGGACAUCAGGGUGCAGCCGCGGCCGCGGCAGCCGCCGCCGCCGCCGCCGCCGCGGCCACGGCGAGCUUCUUCCCCUCGCAUUUCUCUCACCACGCGCCGCUGAACGAGAACGGGGAGCCGGCCAAGAUCAAGUGCAACCUGAGGAAACACAAGCCGAACCGGAAGCCGAGGACGCCUUUCACCACGCAACAAUUGCUCGCGCUCGAGAAGAAGUUCACGGAAAGGCAAUACCUCAGCGUUGCGGAGAGGGCCGAAUUCUCGUCCUCCCUUCACCUCACCGAGACCCAGGUGAAGAUCUGGUUUCAAAAUCGUCGCGCCAAGGCGAAGCGCAUGCAGGAAGCGGAGAUCGAGAAGUUGCGGAUGUCGGCGGUCAGGCAGCACCACACCACGCUUUACGGCUCUCAUCCGGGGCUUUUGACGCCUGCGAGCCUCUACCCGGUCGGAAUGCUGUCCCAUCCAGGCCUGACGCCGCAUCACCCGAUCUCCCAGCAUCCAUCCAGGGAAUGAGAGGGGCGCGGGGGGUGAAAGUUGGUGACGACGAGUCAGAAUCGGUAGCGAAUCGAUCCGCGACAUUGUCUUUUGCGGUUGCAAUCGCAUUUUGGAACACGGCCAGGCCUCGGAGAGAUGUUCCAAGAGGUAAGGGAGGAAGAGGGGUCGCGUGGAAUGCGUUUAUAGGAUAUCGAAGCGGACAACAAGUGGCUGAGCUCUAAAAUUAAUUUUGGAUGCGUCUCGGCCUUGUGGGAUGAAGAGGAACGAAAUGGGAGAGAAGUGGAAGGAAGAAGUUUUAGAGUAAAGGAUGAGGAAAGAAGGAGAAUGAAUGAGAUGAGAGGGAAAGGAAUAUAAGAAAAGGAAGUGGAGGAAAGAAGCACCAUGAGGCAUUUAUAAGUGCAUUAUCUAUCGAACUGAAUCGGUCUUGGAACGAUCAAACGUUUUUGCGAAAUUUCUUCCCAAACAAGAGCCUUGAAUGAAAAAUCCGAGGGAAUAGAAAUCGAAGAGAGAUACUACGAAGCGUAUUCAAGUGGAAUAUUUUCACGGAAAAGUCUAACCAAAGUAAUCCUGAGAAAGAAAAAACUCUGGACUCUCCUUUCAAUCGACGUUCGUCGAGUAUAAUACACGAAGAGAAAGAGAGAGAGAGAAAUAAGAAGAAGAAGAAAAUUUCGUUUCUCUGGGGGAGCCCGUAUCGUGAAUCUGUGCCAAUAACAGACGCGUUAUCGACGUGUCUUGUACAUAAAGUGUUGUAAAUAAUCGUCGUUCACGCGUUAAAAAUUCACGGUAGACCUGUAAAUACGAUGUUCGAUCUUUAAAACGAACGACGAGCUAUCCUCGUUCGGAUCGGUGGAUCGUGUUCACCGACCCUCUGUUUUUUCCAAUUUUGUAUAAAUGUAAAACCGAGAGAGUAGCAGAGUUUAUUUAAUAAACCACAGUAUAGAAGCAA